UAUACACUGUGCUGCAGCUUGAGCUUAGAGGUGAAAAGAAAUUCAUUUAGAUCAGUUAUAAGUGGUUAAAACUAACAUCCUAACACAGGCAAAGUGUGUUUGUGUAGGAUGACUCUGCUAGUCUCUGAAGCUGACACCCGACACCGCCCCUCCACUCCCCUCGUUCAUCCCCACACGCACCCUGACACAUACGCAGUCACUCUUCCACUCAGCUGCCCUCACAAAUAGAUCUCCUGGCCCAGCCUCACUGCUCUGGUCAUGAAAAGGACUUGGCCCAUGAUGAGGUUCCUCACUCACUGGAGGUCCUCCGCUGACAAAACACGCACUCCGCCGCUCCUACAGUCAUGUCGGACCAGUCAGGCUUUGACACAGAUGUAUGGACCCUGACCCGGUUUGUCAUCGAGACGGGCCGUCAGGCCAAGGGAGCCACCGGUGAGCUGACCCAACUCAUCAACGCCAUGCUGACGGCCAUCAAGGCCAUUUCCUCGGCUGUUCGGAAGGCAGGCCUGGCCCACCUACAGGGUCUGGCGGGCUCCGUGAACGUGACAGGGGACGAUGUGAAGAAGUUGGACGUGCUGUCCAACGACCUGGUCAUCAACAUGCUGAAGGCCUCCUACAGCACCUGCUGCAUGGUUUCUGAGGAGAACAAGGAUCUCAUCAUCACUCCCAAAGAUAAGAGGGGAAAGUACGUGGUUUGUUUCGAUCCUCUGGACGGCUCCAGUAACAUCGACUGCCUGGCUUCAAUCGGAACAAUAUUUGCUAUUUACAAACGGAUAUCUGAGGGGGAGCCCACAGACAAAGAUGCCCUGCAGCAGGGCAACAACAUUGUAUGUGCAGGAUACGCCCUAUAUGGCAGCGCCACCCUGGUGGCCCUCAGCACCGGAGCAGGACUCAACUUCUUCAUGCUGGAUCCUGCUAUUGGAGAGUUCAUCCUCACUGAGAGAAAUGUGAAGAUCAAGCCAAAAGGAAAGAUCUACAGUCUGAACGAGGGCUACACCAAGUACUUCCACCCUUCUAUCAAUGAGUAUCUGAAGCACAAAAAAAACCCAGAGGAUGGCAGUUCUCCCUACGGAUCCCGCUACGUGGGCUCAAUGGUGUCAGACAUUCAUCGCACUAUCGCCUACGGAGGAAUCUUCAUGUACCCGGCCAAUGAGAAAAGCCCCAAGGGGAAGCUGCGGCUGCUGUACGAGUGCAACCCCAUCGCCUUCCUCAUCGAACAGGCAGGGGGCCUCGCCACCACCGGCACUCAGAGGAUACUAGACGUCCAGCCCGAGGCCCUGCACCAGCGUGUGCCGUUUGUCGCCGGCUCCUCUGAUGAUGUCAAUGAGUAUCUGUCUUUUGUCAAAAAGUUCUCGUAAAAAAACCACAAAAGUUUUCGCCUGGUCUGCUUCCUCUAACACAAUAUUAACUUAGCUCCACAGAUGUCAUUUUGCAGGACUUGUAACACAGUUCAAAUAGGAAACAACUUUAAGUAGCCAAAGUUAAAAUAAUAUUUUAAUUUAAAAGCAAUGGUGUCAUCAUACAUGUUAGUAUACUGGGUCAACAGAAAUCCCAAUUUAAUAAAAAAAAUAAUGGGAUCUAGGAUAGCGCCCUGGGGGGUCUCACAUGAAAGAUAUUCAGAUAGUCUGACCUAAUCCACCCUAAGUCUUAAAAACAAGGCAGUCGUCAGUGUGACCAGAGUCAACAGUGAAGAGAAGUUUUGAAUUCUGUUACUAUGCAGUGUUCAGUCACAUAUAUAAGACACCUACUGUAAAUAAUUUAAAGAUGGAUUUUCCUUUUGUUGACAAGCUCAACAUGUUGAGCACAAUUGUUUGUUGGCAACUUCUUGGAGUUCAUGUUUUUGCAAUAUGAGCACAAAAGUUAACCGCAACAUAAAUAAAACAAUUAGAAGAAGUAAACAAAAGAAAAACAAGAGAUCUGUAACUUCUUUCCCACCCUCUUUUUUGUUCUGUAUUUCAUAACUGUCUGGUUUUACUGUGGUCUAUUCAGGUCACACAGCAGCUGCUCGGGGUGUCACUCUGUCAUGACAUUGCUUGGUGCUGUGAUCUGGGUCAAUCAGAGACCCGGCUUGGUAUUCACAAAACAAACAUAUUUGACAGCAUUAUGCAGCAGUUACUACAUGUCAUCAAUGUACUUAGAAGUUAAAGUAGAUUAUUUUGUAAAACAUUUGUUUGAAAUUAAUCAGGUCAUGUUUAUGGAGAAACACAACUGAAAGGUCGCUCAAGGUCACGACUGGCCUUCAUUAAAGGGGCCACACUGUUGUGAAACAAUGCUACAAUAAUGUAGAACAUAACUGGACCGGACAUCAGUAAGAAGUUGUUUGUUUUUUUUGACAAGAGAUCAUGGACUGGUCCAUUCAUAUCAAUCCCAUCCAGUAGAUUUUGAGUUAGGGCAUUUCUAAUAAACUGCAUCUAUAAAAAUGAGUUAUAGUGAUAUUGACGAUUGAAUAAUAGCACUAAUCAGUAAAUGCUGUCAUAAGUGGAAAGUAACACAUUUGCAAGCUAAGGUGUUUCACAUGAAGUUGAACUCUAUACAACUCUAUUUACAACUAUAUACAAAGACAUGCUGAGUGUUGAGGUGGUAUUUUAAGACUGAGGCGCAUCUGUGAAAUUAAAACUCUCCUGUAAUUUCUGUUAAUUACAAUGUGUAUCCUUCAUUAUCAUGAAGAAACAUUUACCAAUUUUCCCAAAGGAUUCUGUCAUUUUAGAAUAAUAGGCUAAAACCAUUAAAUAAAACCAAAACAAACCAAUAUAACCAGGCAGCAGUCAUAUUGUAUUUAAGGAACAGAGGAGCCAGACACCAGAUUAGUGUUUCAUAAAUGUAUUUGAUCACAGUAAAAAUAGAAAAAAAAAACAUUUACAAUAACAGAAGCAAGUGUAAAUGCUUCAUUUACCAAGAGGCAAACACAUAUUUACAAAGAAAACACAAAUAAAGUGGCAUUAAAUCA